UUUGAUUAUUUUGCUUUAAAUUUCUUUGGUCACUGCUAUAAAAAUUGAGAGUUUUUGGUUUUCCUGCAUUUUGGAGAGCCCAUCCAUCAGACCAUGUGCAACAGGGACUGCUGCGAGGCCAGGUCGCCGAUCGCAAAGCGAAUGGCGGCCCGUCGGCUUUUGCAGCUGGAGGAAGAGGAGCGCCGGAAGCCCAAGCUGGUGAUCCCCACGCCGCAGAGCCUCUUCUACCCCUACGAAGAAGUCGAGGCCAUGGCCAAGUACAUCAUAGACGUGAGUCACAUCCGUCCAAGGUACGGCUUGAUCUGCGGCAGCUUCUUGGGCGGCAUGAUCUCGCUGGUGGAACAGCCUGUGGUCAUUCCUUACGAGGAUAUACCCAACUUCCCCGCCGGCAUAGAGCCCGACUGCAGCUUCGUUGUGGGCACGGUUAUGGGUGCACCCAUUAUCGCCUUGGCCCAUCGGUUCCACGUCUGCGAGGGCUUCAACCUGGCCACCUGUUCGCUGCCCGUGCGCGUGAUGCAGUUGUGCGGGGUCAAGACCAUCAUGCUGACCUCUCAGGCAGCCGCUGUGAAUAUGGAAUACCAACUGGGCGACAUAAUGCUGGUCGAGGACCACAUCAAUGUGGUGGGCAUGAUGCACCAGACGGCUCUCGAGGGUCCCAGUGAUACGCGCUUCGGCAGCCGAAAAUUCUCGAUGAUCAAUGCGUACGAUAGGGAGCUAUUGGAAAAGAGUCUCGAGAUUGGCAAAAGGAUGGGUGUUCAGCAGUUCCUGCACAAGGGCGUUCUGGCCUGCCUGGGCGGUCCUGUGUUCGAGACCCUGGCCGAGGAACGAAUGCUGCGAGCGAUGGAGGUGGACGCCGUGGGCAUAUCCUUGGUGCCCGAGGUCAUAGUCGCCCAUCAAGGCGGCCUGCAGGUCCUGGCCUUUGUGAUCAUCAGCAUGGUGGCCAAUGAAAAGCAAAACGAAGAGAACGAGAAGGACAGGGAUACGGAUCUCGAUUUGGAGAAGUCCGAAGAGGCAUCCUUGGAGGUUUCUCCGCUAAGGGUGCAGGCCUGUUCGGAUCUGAUCGGUCGCCUGCUCUACCACAUGCACCAUGAGCUCUGACGAUCGAAAAUAGAUUUUGUUGAAGCCCCCGCCCCGGUUUGCUGUGUUUUUUU